CUCAUACUUGGUUUAGCAAAUGCUAAAAGAAGAAUUUGAUGCAACCAACAAGGGAACAUAUGAUUUCUUAUAUCUGCGUUUCGACUUAAGGCGCCAACGCAUCGUUGGAUACGCGUUUGUGAACUUCACCGACGGACCAAAGCUGUACAUCGCGAGUGGCCACCGAAUUGGGCAAGAAGAGCCAUUCCCCUACCCACAACAAACUUAGCUUAUAUGUAUUAUUGCAAAUAAAAUUGAU